CGGUUGUGUGAGUGAUACCAGGUCGCGCAUGCGUGCACACUCCAAGAAAGCAGCCAGGCAUCAAUGGCUGGCUUAAAGGUCUGCUGAAUACCUCAGUGCAGGCCUUAUUCUUUUCCUCGUUUUGGUCCUUGCCUUAGUUAAAAAGACAGUAAACAAGGAGGUGAAGCAAUAGAAAAACAGACCUGUCGUUUUAACAAUAACUAUUGCAUGGGCAUAUCACAAGAAAUCUGCGCCAAACCCCACAUCAAGAGCGUAACAGGGAUCUAGUGGUAUGGCGCAACGCGUGGUGUAAAUAAUACGAAUAGAUUGCUUUGUCGCAGCACUACGUAACCGUCAACAGGUACGCACUCCUGAGUAAAGAAACCUUUGCUUUAUAGGGCUCUGGGUGACGUUGACAACAAAGUGAAUUCUUAACGAAGUAAUAAGUGCUCUGCCAGACGAACGGAUCUAUUUCAACGCAAUAAUAUUCCUUUACGUAUAUUGUGCCCUACGUCGAAGUAAACGCAGCUGAGGGACACGAGGCGGUACAUCGAAUCAGUUACUUGAAGCUCGCAAGUAGUUUUAGGACUGGAGCUUGUGAAAGUCAAAAAUGUGGUGUAAGAGACAUGUUUACAAUGCCAAAUGUACGGCCCACAGUUGCUUUGCGAAUAACUGGACGUGCUAAAAUCCGCUUCGUUAUGUGAAAAAGUACUGACCUAAAGUUGAUUACUACCGUGUUCAACACUUCCUAUCUGCUUUUUUUGUCACUCACAAAUUAAAUAAACAUUGAUGGCUCAGGUAUCUCCAUAUUCAGAGCCUGUCCGAAAAAAGUAAAUAAAGCCAACUUAAACAUCUUGCUUUCCUAUUGCACUGUUGGAAGAGCUAAAAAGGACGAAACACAAAGCUUGGAAAAGAAGAUUCUUAGCAAAAGUAGCACAAUCUCAACGGUGACUCCCGUCGUCGUACGAUCUGCCACCGCUUGGUAACUUGGAUAAAUGUACCGCUGUAUCAAUCUUUAAACACACAACUCCAGUACUACCGCGACCAUCCUAAAAAUUAUGACUACUGAAACAAAGAUAGCGACAAUAGCAAAGUAUUCAACAGCUGCUAAUACUGCUAUAUUUAUUCAUUUAAUUAACACAUUUCGAGGUUGUGAUAAUGUGAAAUCUUGUGAUGUACCUGCUUCGACUCCAGGUUAUGAUAAUCAUCGCAUGCAGAAAACGAUAUCUAUCCACCGCCAGAAUAACACUAAUAAUACGGCGUGUUAUUGUGAUGAUAACUAGAUUAAAAAUGGUAUUCAUGAAAGCAUCAUCAAACUUGACUAGAGACGAGCUAUACGGGUAACCUAACGCGCCUACUGAAUAUUUGACGUGACUGAAUUUUAAUCCGUGCGUCGGCCGUUGGCCGGUCAAUGGGUUCCUCGGGCAGCCUUACACAAUUGGGCUGUGCCAAAAGCAGCUGACAUCUUUUGGCGUACGUUUUGCUUCCGAUUUACGUACGUUUGUAUAAAAGUGGCAUAGCCUUCAUUAUUUCUAAACCCUAACAUCAACCAAUCUAAAACCAGCCAGUACAGCUAAUCGUACGCAUGUAGAUUUGGAAGGGCGCGUUUGUGUUAUUGUCAAAUCUGCGCGAUGCAUGCGGCCCGUGGACUCGUUGACGCGGAAAACCGCGUUGUUCUUAACGUUGGUGGUAUUCGAUUCGAGACUUAUAAACAAACUUUAAAGAAGAUUCCUGCCACGCGCCUAUCGCGUCUCACAGAGGCACUCGCCAACUAUGAUCCAUUACUUAAUGAAUUCUUUUUUGAUCGACAUCCGGGAGUAUUUGCACAAAUUCUGAACUACUACCGUACCGGGAAGCUACAUUACCCCACAAACGUCUGCGGUCCACUGUUCGAAGAUGAACUCGAAUACUGGGGUCUUGAUCCAAAUCAGGUUGAACCAUGCUGUUGGAUGACUUAUACGGUGUAUCGAGACACGCAGGCGACUCUCGCUAUCUUGGACACUUUGGAUAUAGAGAACGAGAAACCUUCCGAUCAAGACCUCGCGAAAAAGUUUGGUUAUGAAGAAGCCUACUUUAACAACAGCAUGUCUUUCUGGCAAACCGUAAAACCAAAAAUCUGGCUGCUUAUGGACGAGCCCUAUUCAUCGCACUACGCUAAGUUUAUUGCGGUCAUGUCGGUUUUUUUUAUCUGUGUUAGCAUCGUGUCAUUCUGCCUAAAGACUCAUCCCAACAUGCGUGUACCUGUAAUCAUUAACAAAACUAUCGAGCAGGUCAAUUACUAUCAAACACCAAUUAACCUGAGCGAGUACACCAUUAAUCAAAAUCGUUAUUCUCCACCAAACGGUUGGAAGAGCGAUGGAAAGAAAGGAAAGAACUACUAUUCUAAUACUUGGAUAUUAGACAAGGUUAAAACAGAUGCACAUGCCGCUUUCUUUUAUAUCGAAUCUGUGUGUAACGCUUGGUUCACUUUCGAGAUUGUUGUGCGAUUUGCCGUUAAUCCGCGCAAGCUGGACUUCGCCCGAGACCCGAUCAACAUCAUUGACUUUAUAGCCACAAUGUCCUUUUAUAGCGACAUGUUAUUACAGUACCUAGCUGCUGACCUAGAGAACGCUGACAUCCUAGACUUCUUCUCAAUUAUUCGUAUUCUGCGACUUUUUAAGCUAACCCGACACUCUCGAGGGCUUAAGAUUCUCAUCCACACAUUCAAGGCGUCGGCCAAGGAACUCGCGCUUCUUGUCUUCUUCCUCGUCCUCGGCAUCGUUAUCUUCGCCUCGCUCGUCUACUACGCGGAGCGUCUUGGCGUCAACCCAAAAAACGACUUCACCAGCAUUCCCGAGGGCCUCUGGUGGGCUAUCGUCACCAUGACCACAGUUGGCUACGGAGACAUGGUGCCCAAAACAUACGUGGGCAUGUUAGUUGGUGCAUUAUGCGCCCUUGCUGGCGUGCUCACAAUUGGCUUGCCUGUUCCCGUUAUCGUUAGUAAUUUCACCAUGUUCUACAGUCACACGCAGGCCCGGGAAAAGCUUCCUAAAACACGUAGGCGCUUCAUAGGAGAACCUAAUCAACCGGCUAGUGGCAUAACAGGUAAUGAGGGUCAGUCGACAGUGGCGGGAAUAACCGCCGCCAACCGCCGUUUAAACACUAUCAAACAAAGACGAAAAGGAGCCGCUGAACCAUUAUUGGAUCUUUAACAAAAAUCACCCUUUUUUAAGCAAAACUAACAGAAAAGUUUUUAUCAUAUCCGUGUGACGGCCUAAGGGCGUUCGUCCAUCCGGUCGCGGAUCGCCCUUCCACGUUGCAUGGCGCCAACGCCCAGUAUUGAAGCAACAGCAGCAACGGCAGCAAUAAAAAAAAUAUCUUCUCUCCCAAUGCACUCACAAUCCUAAACGCGGAUGCGAAACUGUAUAGCAGUUAUAUGAACAGGUGUAUAACUGUGCACAGUAUUGUUCAAUCUAAUUUUUUUUCCGAAUAUGCACCUUUGUAAUCAUUGCUGCGUCGUCAACCACGUCAACAGCUAGAAUUAUAUGUAUUGUUAGCCCCCUGCUGUUAGUAGGUUGAAACAAUAAUACAUACGAUGCAAUAACAGAAACAUUAAUUUGAAGCUAAAAUAAUAGAGUAAAACUUGUUUUAUACGAUGCGAUAGGCAUUUUGGAUUUUGAGACGCCUUACUCUCUACUUCCAUCACAAACUAUCGCAAACCAGGGCUUCAUGAUAGUUUUCAGCCAACUAGCAAGUGUUUCUAAAACAAAGGUGAUAUAGUUUAUAUAUAUGCCAUCAAUUUUAAUUCACUGCCGGUAUUGGGGCUAGCUGAUACUUACAUGGUGCUUCUAACCUGUGGCGCAAUGUUCUGGGAAGUGGUUUUCGUGAUUAAAAUCACGGGGUUAUGAUUUGAUUUCUUUACAAACUACAUGGCGGGCCAGAAAAGCAAAGAUACAAGAAUAAAAAAAGACCCCAUGUGCAUCAUUGUUUUGAGUGACUUGUCACAAUAUCAAUAAGGCUCUGUAUUCACCUGGACUCUACAGACGUAGCCUUUUUUGAAACAAGUCUUAAUAGGAUCUUGAUCAAAUAUGUUGUGACAUUCACUUUAUCAUUCAUGCUUGCUAACACUGAGCAAGCAUAAUCAUAUCGAGGCAUUCGGUCAACUGCAGUAUAAUUAUGAAAUAAAAUAUUGAUUAAUGGAAAUGCCAGUUACUGUUUUCAAAAAUCUGUAUAGCUAAUGUCUGUCUACAACUUAGUGAAUCGGCGGCAGCUAAAUGAUAGCAAUGAGGGUAGAAAAAGGUCUAUGAUACAAAUAAAUCGUAGCAAACUAUGCCACCCAGUUACUAAUUGUGCUGCAUAGUUUGGUAUUAAACUAUAUAAGCAAGUAUACAAACUAUAUAGCAUGAACUAUACGACACUUUAAAAUUUAGGCGAUGGAUACUAAAUAUAAACAAUACAAGAAAUGACGGAGCAAUAGAGUUGAAUUAUUGGGCUAGCUAGGCUGGGUGCUAAAAACCGUUAAGCAUUUUUUCUCAGCCUCACUUACGCCAAGUCCACAUUCGUACAUUUGAGUAUUUGUAACAUAAAAAUAACUAUGACAUUGCGUUCGUUUCGGACAAACUAAUCUGCCCCGGGUUGACAUUUUUUAAUAUAACCUGGCCUAUACGCACCAGCUGCCCCUGUUUUUAGGUAUAUGUGAAAACAAGCAAACUUGUUGAAGCUGCUUGACGUUUUUUACGACUCGAGAGUUGAGUGGACCUUGUGUAACUUACCGAUGGUGUACGUUUGUUUUACAUCAUUCAGGUUGUUUGAUCUGGCAUGAUGAUAUGCUGUACCAACAAACUGAACACUUAAUCAGGGAUAAGAACAGCAACGAAUAGCUAGUAUAAAUAACUAAAGAGAUGAAAGGGAAAAAAAUCGCAAAUAUAGGUACCUUAAACACUCAGGAUUACAUUUUAAUUGGAGGAAAUACUUUGUGCCUCUAAAUCCUGAGCACUAAACGUCUUGUCGCCGGGUUCACUUAUCGGCACAUACAACUAUUGCUGGGCUGUCUACGUUUAUUAAUCGAUCUGCAAGCAGUACAUGAUCAUGAAGAUUAUUGCGUCUAGUCAUUGAAGACACUCCGUUCAUUUAUAUAAAUGCAUCCCUUUUGACUAACUCUGUAUUUCACAGACACUAUGCAAUUACUGAGACAAACAAGCACAUACAUACACACGUAAAAUAAAUCAUACGUAAAAAUACAUCGGAGACAAAACGACGCAGCGUUGCUUGAUACUGACAUAAUGUAUCGCUAACAUCGACAUGUGAAGCUUUAUUACAAACACACAAAUGAAUAACUGAACGAAAAACCGUCUAACCUAUAAAGUCUAAUAUAGCUGGAGCUAAGGAUCUAGCAAGCAUCGAGUAGCACACUAAAGCUAGUAUUAUUAUUACGAAUAUUGGGUAUAUCGUAUGGCAGCGACCACCGGACUGACUUUCACGUAUUACAUGUAAGCCAUCUACAGUUACCUCGGCUGUAUUAGGCAAUCUCAUAUCACAGCCAUGCUACCGGUACACCAGUCCGCAUGUCCUGCAUUAAACGACGAAGCCGACAAAAAAAACGAAUUUUAAAUAGGCAUAUGGGUAAAAUAAUGUUUCUAAAGUCAGGGAAGACACAUUGUGCUAAAGGUUUUCUGUUUUCACUCAGCAUUUUGCCUACACACCUAGAUUUAAAAUACGACUAACCAUGUGCUCAGCAACUAUGAAUGCUUUUAGAACCAUUAAAUGAUGCAUAGUAGCUUAGGGACUAUAUAACGCACUAAUUUGUAUUAAAUUUUGAUAUACAUUUACAUAUGUCUUGAUGCAGGUCUUGUGGCAAGAUGACGAAACAUUAACAACAGGAUGCCAUUGCAAAGUAGUAAUAUUUUUAUUCGAUUUUUAUGUUUAUCAUUUUACUUUACUAUGUAGUACCUACUAAAGUGGGCCUAAUUCCUAUACCAAAUAGAGAAUUAAUUCAAAAUAUAGAGACUGAGGGUUAUCAAUGUAUUAAAUGUAGUUAGUCAAAGGAUGAGCUGAUAAAAAUAAGUCAUUAUUUCAAAGCUUUACUAGAGUUCAGCUAGCAAUGAAGCAGGAAAACAUAAUGGUAACAUUUUUUGUCCGACGAAGUUUCGUUUAAUUCUUGCUUCAAAAUGAAGCUUGGCUUCCCUUUUAUAUACCACAUUUCCUAGAAUCAUAUCUUUGUACAUUGGUGUAGUCUUUAUUGGUUAAUGAUCAACAGUGUAGGCUACUGUGAAUCUUAACUAUUAUCUUGUUAGCACACGUUUCUAGUUUAAAACAGAGUGCUAAGGCAAGCUAAAUGUAGUCUAAUAUUCUUAGAGUUUUCCAACAAUUUUCUCGCGAUCCGUGCUUAUCUGAAGUCAACUGGAUGUGCAAUGAUGUUUAUUCCGCAGGCACAAGCAGAAUAUAUAAUAUGUCGAAAAUCAAGAUUAACUAACUGAAUAUUCUCUCAAAAGGCAGCAGAGCGGCACUCAUUUCUCAAUUACAUUCAUUGUUCAACAAAAUCAUAACACUUUUAAAUAGAAUGUGCUUUAUUUAUCGGUAGAAGCCCAUGACCUUAAAGCUUUUAAAUAAAUAUUCGAGUACACAUAUAAUGUACUCGUUACUUCUGUCAUAGUGGUAAUAUAUUGCCUUUUUCGAGAUGUCGCAUCGUGCACCUACGAUCUAAAGGAAAAUAUCGGAGUACCGCUAUAUAUGGCCGAAUAGAAUGAAUGAGCGGUUCUUAUUAAGAUGAUUUAAAAUACUUUGGGUGCUUGUAUAGCCGACGCAUACAUGUAUAACUACGCUAUACGAUAUUACUUUCAACAACAAUUUUAAAUAGUACUUCACACGAUUCGGGUGCGUCUACAUACGAUAUAUCAAGAGCACUACGUAAAACAUAUGCAUAACGUAGCUAACUCUUGGACACACAUUCACAUACAAACACAGAUAUAUCCGUGUUUGUGCUUUUAUAUAUAUAUAUAUAUAUAUAUAUAUAUAUAUAUAUAUAUAUAUAUAUAUAUAUAUAUAUAUAUGUGGGUGACAUACCAGUCGUUUCGCUUGUUCUACACUUGGCAAUUUAAUACUCACCAUUAUUACAAAGCUCAUUGGCUUCUGAGCUAUAGAAACAGCCGUCACGAUCCCGUAGAUAGGAUCUGAGGAACUACCAAAAUGCAAAAUGUUCAUACGCAGUUAAGUGGUGUUAUCAUUACAAUUUGUGGUAUUAUUGUAUUAUUAAAAUUCCAGCUUAUGAAAUAAGUCAGAAUUACGCUAGCAAUGCACGACUCAGAUGAAGACAUAUUGCUACCUAUCGCAAAAAAUAAAAACCGAAAAAGACUACGGCCUGCGUGGGGUCUCCGAAAUAAUUUCGAGUAGCAAAUGUUCAUAUAUAAUGUGGUCGAUAUUCUUGUAUUGAAAACAAAAGAACGAAGCUGGAAAAGACGAAACCAAUUAAUAAGAAAAUUUGACUCUGAAAUGCGCAGAAACCCAUAUUUUCAAUUAACUUAUGGUAUGUGACCAGGUCUAUUAUGAUCGUAACGGACUAUAUGAACUUACUACUAUUACACAAGAAAAAUAAAUGUCAACUGUGUUUCUAUACUAUACUACAUUUUCUUAAGCUUCUUACGUUUUCUAUUAUCUAUAAUCUUUCACAAGAUUAUAUAUAAACAAGUAAGUAUCCGGAGACAGCUGUUGAAGCACACUUAAAGUAAAUCAUUCAAUGGAGUAGUUGGUGCUGUUAAAUUACGGUGCAAUAGUGACUGGAGUCCGCAAUCGUUAGCUGUGAACUAACAAGUAAAUAUUAAGUUAAACAAGCCAACGGAUUAUCUGACAAAUGAGUCAUGAUAUUACAUGUUUUCAUGCUCAUCGGCAUUGCGAAAAAAGAAACCUAAUCGCAAUUGUCAGGGACAUUUGUCGUACGAAUAUUAAGGUUAAAUGAAUGUGUUAAUGUCCAUGUGGCGUAUUGUUAUGGUAACUGAUUACAUAGAUUAAUACGGUGUAGCCCUUUGAUCCAUUUUCUCUUAAUUUGAGUAAUUUUUAUGAAUAUACGCAGUGUCUUAUAUGCACUAUCCGUUUCAUCGGCUGUACAUUGCAGCAUUUCUAUAUUCAAGUUUGUCAAUCGUCUUUUUUUUUUUGAAAGAUGAAUCUGCGAAUGAACCAGAUAAAGUUGUACGGGUAUUUUGCCACAAUGCUGUGCGACGACACACGCGCUAAGCGAUUGUUUCCCACAUUAAUGAUAACUUAACGUCUUUGCGUGAUGUGGUAAACCUAUAACUCAAAUAAAAUUGAAUUUUAGGUCGAAAUGACACUCGAUAUCUUUACUGGCGGCAUGUUUUACCAUCUAAGAUCAGUCUCUUCUAUUUUCAUGUAAUCGUUAUAAAACAGAAUCAUGAUAAAAAUCGUUGUUGUUAAUUGUUACAUGAUCUCAUCCAGAACAGAGACUGUCAUCUCAAGUCGUUCCAGCGAAGUGAAGAUUUAUACGCACUAAAUCAAUUCUAAUUAAAGCUUUCAACCUAUGCUUAAUAAAGAGAGUGGAAAGAAAUACGCAAUGAAAAUAAACACCUUGAAACUAUUGUAAUGUCACAACCAACUAAGCUUCUCGUAAUCACUCGUACUACAUCCAUCAUGAUGCCGUGGUUCUUGAACUAUAGAAAAUAAUUGAUAAAUGAUAUAAUAAUUUAUAAUGUUUACUCAUUUGUAUCAAAUACUCACUCAUUACCCGUAUCGACCUAUGGGCAGACACAAAUUAAUGAGGACUUGAAACUACAAAGCUAGCUGCACAGCGAUUAUAAAUAAAUUUCUCAUUUACUUCU